GCCUAUCCCCUCUCAUCCUUCUUCCUCCCCCAAUCCCUGCUCCUCCUCCUCCCAUCCCCGGCUCCUCCCAGCAGCUAAAGGCAGAAUCCUCGGCAGCAGCUUCCCUUCUCUCCUGCCACGAAGAGGUUGGAACAGCCUGUGCCUUCCAGCAAAUUACCGAAGAGUUCUAAGACUUAGUUUCAUCACUUAUGGAAUGGAGUUGUCAUGAGGACUUCAGUUAGACAAUGAAUGGAAAGCACUUAUACUGCCCAGUAUACCAACCCAUCUGAGUGCACAUUGCAUCUUAAUUUUAUUCUUCAAAGUAUUUGAUUCUCUGCCAGCUUUGAGUCAUCUUCAGACGUGGUAGUGGAGCUGUGAAAUCAGCUGAAACUGAAAAUGUCUGACAGCUUGGAUAAUGAAGAAAAACCCCCAGCUCCCCCACUGAGGAUGAAUAGUAACAACCGAGAUUCUUCAGCACUCAACCACAGCUCCAAACCACUCCCUAUGGCCCCUGAAGAGAAGAAUAAGAAAGCCAGGCUUCGCUCUAUCUUCCCAGGAGGAGGGGAUAAAACCAAUAAGAAGAAAGAGAAAGAACGCCCAGAGAUCUCUCUUCCUUCAGACUUUGAGCAUACAAUUCAUGUGGGGUUUGAUGCAGUCACCGGGGAAUUCACUAACUCCCCUUUCCAGACCUCUAGACCUGUGACGGUCGCUUCAAGUCAAUCAGAGGGAAAAAUGCCAGAUCUCUAUGGCUCACAGAUGUGCCCAGGGAAGCUCCCAGAGGGAAUUCCUGAACAAUGGGCACGGUUACUCCAGACCUCCAAUAUAACAAAAUUGGAACAGAAGAAGAAUCCACAAGCUGUUCUUGACGUUCUCAAAUUCUACGACUCCAAAGAAACAGUCAACAACCAGAAAUACAUGAGCUUUACAUCAGGAGAUAAAAGUGCUCAUGGAUAUAUAGCAGCACAUCAGCCCAACACAAAAACAGCUUCUGAGCCUCCUUUGGCUCCUCCUGUAUCCGAAGAAGAAGAUGAAGAAGAGGAAGAGGAAGAAGAUGACAAUGAGCCUCCACCUGUCAUUGCACCAAGACCGGAGCAUACAAAAUCAAUCUAUACUCGUUCUGUGGUUGAAUCUAUUGCUUCACCAGCAGCACCAAAUAAAGAAGCCGCCCCUCCUUCUGCUGAGAAUUCCAGUACUUUGUACAGAAAUACAGAUCGGCAAAGGAAAAAAUCUAAGAUGACAGAUGAGGAGAUCCUAGAGAAGCUAAGAAGCAUUGUGAGUGUUGGGGACCCAAAGAAAAAAUAUACAAGAUUUGAAAAAAUUGGUCAAGGGGCAUCAGGUACUGUUUACACAGCACUAGACAUUGCAACUGGACAAGAAGUGGCCAUAAAGCAAAUGAACCUUCAACAGCAACCCAAAAAGGAAUUAAUUAUUAAUGAAAUUCUUGUCAUGAGGGAAAAUAAGAACCCCAACAUUGUUAAUUAUUUAGAUAGCUACUUGGUGGGUGAUGAACUGUGGGUAGUUAUGGAAUACUUGGCUGGUGGCUCUUUGACUGAUGUGGUCACAGAAACCUGUAUGGAUGAAGGACAAAUAGCAGCAGUCUGUAGAGAGUGCCUCCAAGCUUUGGAUUUCUUACACUCAAACCAAGUGAUCCAUAGAGACAUAAAGAGUGACAAUAUUCUUCUCGGGAUGGAUGGUUCAGUUAAAUUGACUGAUUUCGGGUUCUGUGCCCAAAUCACUCCUGAGCAAAGUAAACGAAGCACUAUGGUGGGAACUCCCUAUUGGAUGGCACCUGAGGUGGUAACUCGAAAAGCUUAUGGACCAAAGGUUGAUAUCUGGUCUCUGGGAAUCAUGGCCAUUGAAAUGGUGGAAGGUGAACCCCCUUACCUUAAUGAAAAUCCACUCAGGGCCUUAUAUCUGAUAGCCACCAAUGGAACACCUGAGCUCCAGAAUCCCGAGAGAUUGUCAGCUGUGUUCCGUGACUUCUUAAAUCGCUGUCUUGAGAUGGAUGUGGAUAGACGAGGAUCUGCCAAGGAGCUUUUGCAGCAUCCAUUUUUAAAAUUAGCCAAGCCUCUCUCCAGCCUCACUCCCCUGAUCAUCGCUGCAAAGGAAGCAAUUAAGAACAGUAGCCGUUAGAAGUGCAAGCCUUACCCCUCACCUUUUCGCUAAUGAGUAAGACUGAAAUAAAACUCUACUGCAGAAAACAUGAAAGAAAAGACAGUCAAAUGGGGUGGGGGUUCUUUAACUUUCAAGUGAAUAGAAACUUCUUAUAAGCCUUUUUCCUACUUCCCUCAGAUUAUGUAAUUUAUUUGUAAGCCUGAACUGCAGCCCACACAGGGCAGCAAUGUUGAAGUGGCCUUUAAGUGGUCACUUCCACCGUGAAGCGAAAGAGCCAGUAGUGAAUCCCCUCAUUUUGUGCAUUUCCUUUGAAGAAAAAGAUUUCUCAAAGAUGCACACUCCCUCUUCAUAGUGUUGUGUUUGUUUUUAAGUUAGAAAGUAGUCCCUCCUAAGUUCGAACCUCUUUCAAAACCCCUUACCCAAUGUGAUGGUUUUUUUCACUUGCAUUGUCAUUAGAUGUCCUGAAAAAAAGAUGUCAAAAUGUUUUUUUUAAAAAAGAAAGCAAAAAAGCAAAUAAAAACAAAACAAAACAAAACCAAACAAAAAUGAAAAAAAAAAAUAGAACAAGUGCUGUGUGAAGCUGUGGACGUCUAUGCCCUAAUAGAGUCACAAUUAUUUAUUCUCCUUCUGUAGUGGUGGCUUGGUUUGUGUACCUAUUUUUCUGCAUUUGUAUUGGAAAAGGUUUCCUUUAAGACAUUUUCCAAAAGCAAAGAGGAAUAUGAGUGUUCAGGAUGGGCUUUUAAAUGUGUCUAAACAAAGCUCUAAUUGUGAGAUACUCUCACAUUUCACAUGGAUACUUAUAUAGUAGUUGAAUUGUCAUGUAAAGCAGCUUGUUGGCCUUUGUGAUGACAGAAAAAGGACACACUGAAAAUACGGUGGCACUGCUUGGUGAGCCCUAAACCUAAAAUAUCUUGAUAGGAGAAACCUUACACAAAGAUGGGACAUUCUCUGAGAGCCAAAAGGAAAAUACAGAACACCUAACUGGGCAGUAAAUAAGCAAAAGAUAAUAGUGAAUUGAAUCCUCUCUUGUGCUCCUGUAACAUAAGCAUUGUACAAUAAGCACAUUUGGAGGAAAUAGAGCCAUUAGCCAACAUUCUUCAUGAUAGAAGUUAUUCAUUUUGACAAUUUGUAACACUUCAGAAGUUUUUAAAUAUCGAGAGAUUCGUGAUAUAGAAAGUAUUCAACUGUAUAAGAAAUGGAAAGUUAGUGAAAGCUACAUCCCAGUCAACACUUGGCUCUAAAUAGUUGAUGCUGAUUUCCCUAUGUAUCUCCAAUCUCUUUAUGAGGGAUAUGAUAUGUUCUUAUUUAGUUACUUGGGCUUUUUUCCUUUAAAAGCCUGUUCAUAAACAUGUUGGAGGUUCACCAAGAAAAUACUUUUAUCUGUACUUAUAUAUCCCAAGAAAUCAUCCAACUGAAUUCCUUUUGUGUCUUGGGGAAAAUUCCAGAACUUGGCUAUUAUUUCACUAUUUAUAGUUAUUAAAAAUGUAUUAGUUAAUCUUUUUUUAAUCUUCUGAGACUAGAAAAAUAUCUGGAAGGUGUCUACAUAGAAAAGAAUAUGUAUCUCUUUUGAGUGUAUAGUCAGUUGUAUUAAUUCUAGAAAGUUGUUUCUCUAAACCUUUGAAAAGCCAACAACCUAUGCUAUACAGCAUUUCUUAAUUUGUAAAGGUAGAGAAUUGGAAUAGAAUUUACCUAUAUUCAGAGGAGAAUGAGAUCAACGGCAUAUGCCUCUUUCCUCUGUGAGGUACAUCUGUCCAUUCAACCACCCAUCCUUUCCUUCAAAUGAAAGCACUUUCUCUGGAGUGUCUGUGAAUCAUAAAGUGCAUAUGUUUAUGUUGAGAAGAUGAUACCACUGGUGGAUUUGCUAUUUUCCUAUAUUAUAAAAUUAAGGAGGGUUUACCCCUUCCCUGAAAAUGUCCGCCAUGGAAUAAAAGACAAAUGUGAAAAGAACAUCAAGGGAUUAUACUAAUUUCAAUUUUAUUGUGAAAAGAAGUAUCUGGACUUAAAAUUUUAAAUGUCACACCUCUCUAGUAAAAGAGGAGGAAUCUUGAUUUUUACUUUAUUUUAUUUUAAAUUUAGGAUUUUUCCCACAUGUAGUACCAGGGAAUUCCACAGAAUACCUGGGAUGCAAGCAGAAUUCCAUUGACUGUUGCUCUGCUAAUAGAGAGAGCCCAAACCCUGGCUGGGAAGUCCAAGAUAUCAAUUAACAUCCUUUGCAUGCUGUAAAGGCCUUUGUUGUUGUUGCUGUUGCUGCUGCUGCUGCUGCUGUUGUUGUUGUUAUUUAGAAGACCCUGGAGCAGUGAUCCUUCAGAUCACUGUUGGCAGAGAAAUGGUUCCUCUUGAUGCUCUCCACUCACAAUACUCACAGUGAGGGGCUAGGUACCUAUUUACCAUCACUUUGUACCAAGAUUUAAUAAUCUGUUCCAGUAGCCAGUACUCAUACAAAAUUAUGUUUAUGUAUAUGUUCAAAUGAGAACAGCUUCUAAAGUCUUGGACUUGUGCUGAAGAGUUACAUAUAUUUCUAGUAAGUAUUAGAGAGAAACUGUUUCUCCUGCCAAAAUGAUGCUGAAGGAUCCAUAUUCAAUAUACUUGAACAACUUGGCCUCCAGAUGGUUAAUAGUUUAUUCCCUUUCCUUGAUUUUGUUUUGAACUCAUCUUAAUCCAGGUGAGUCUAUCCAGAUCUUUAACAUUGCUUAGUGUGAACUGAGACAUUUGUGGGCACAUUUUCGAAUGUUGAUUCAAAAUGUCCUGAGGUAGGAAUAGGGCAGUGGGGAAGUCAGGGAAGGGUGAGAAGCACAGUAAAGAUUAUUUAUUUAGGAAAGAAAGAAAUUAAUAUUGUAGUAAAGAUCCAGUUCGUUGUCAUAAUUCCAUGAGGAUUUGGGGAAUGACACAACAUCCCUAAAUCAAUCACCAUAUUGGGUAAUGGCUUCGUUCUUGCCGAUCUUGUCUAUGUCUCCUUGUAAAUAUUUGUGUGUACAUGUUCCAUUUUGGCUACUGGAUGGCCAAGUCACAUGAAAAGAUUUCACUCAAGUAUUUAUUCUUUCAUUGUGUUAUUUGGAUUUCCUUCAGGCUUGUGAAUUGAACCUACCAUAUUUUAGUUUAACCACCUAAUCCUCACAUCUAUCUCUCCCCUGUGAAGCACAUUCCAUUGUUAAAAGAAAAAAAGAAGUAUAAAUUGCUUCCUUUUUUGUUUAACUGUUUUAAUAGUUUGAGAUGUUUGUCUAUAAUGGAUAUUUCUCACCACAAAGAUUGUGUAAAUAAUUAUUUUUAUUUCCUCAAUGGGUCAUUUAUUUCUAAUGAGGCUGCCAGUUCUCAGAGAGAGUCUAUGAAGUCACUUUUAAAUAACACAAAAAGGAUUACAUCUACAUAAAAAGAAGUGUGCAUAUUGAUAAAGACUGGGAACACAGAUCAUUGAAAUCAGUUGUGUUAGGAUGGUGGGAUUAUGUGAAAAAUUUUUGUUUUGAUAUUUUCUUUCUUUAAUAUUGCUAUAUUAUUAAUUUAAAUAAAUAAACAACAGAAAGUGAACUAUAGAAACAUAGAUGAGAUGCCAGAAGCAGAUGCCUUCUGGCCAGAGCCCAGAGCAUGCAGGGCACAGAUAUUUCCUAGUUAAAAUUAUUCUGUAGGCUUUAUAUUUGCCUGGGUACUGAGGUUGGCACACGAUCUGGUAUGGCACAUGCUUUCUUACUAAACUAUUAUCUAAGACAAAGCUAAGGAGAUGUCACUGCUAGACCUCCAAAUGCAUUCUUUUGCUAUAAGACAGCUGCUCUCAGCUUUGGUAUGGCACCCAGGUGUUUGCCUUGGACUGGAGGGCUAACAACUUGAUUAGCCCCAUUGAUAAUACUUGUGUGGAUGAGGCCUUUCUAAAUUGUUUUGAAAGAUGUUUUUCCCCUGGGAAAUAAAUGAUAUUUUCAUUUUAAUUUUUACUUUUUCUUUCACAGUUUAUUCAUUAUGUAUCUCGAUUGAAGUCCCUUCCUUCAACUCCUCCCUAGUCCCAUGCUCCCUCCCUCUUUCCCUAUUCCACUGAAAGGGGGAGUUCUCCUCCUCUGCCAUCUGCCUGUAGCUUGUUAAGUCUCAUCAGACUGCCUGGAUCCUUUUCCUCCAUGGCCUGGCAAGGCCACAUCCCCAGGGUUGAAUGAUCAAAGAGCAAGCAACCAAGGUCAUGAUAGAGCCAUCUCCUGUUCAUCUCAUUCAAACUUCCACAUGGAGACUGAGCUGUCAAUUUGUCACAUCUGAGCAGGGAGUCUAGGUCCUUUCCAUGCAUGGUCCUAGAUUUUUAAGGUCAAUUUUGAAAGAACAGAAGAUUAAAGAGCUAUAUCCCACCAUUCCUUGCAUAAGAAGACCUAUCAUUCUGGUAGGAUUCUUCUUUAAAUGAUGAUAUGCAAAUUAUAUUGGUUUCUUGUUUUAUUUUAUUUAUUUACUUAUUACAAUUUGCUCACUUUGUAUCCUGGCUGUAUCCCCCUCCAUUUCCUCCCAGCCCCACCCACUAUCCCUCUUUUGUCCCUAUGUCCUUCCCUAAUCCACUGAUAGUGGAGGACCUCCUCCUCUUCUAUCUGACCCUAGCCUAUCAGGUCUCAUCAGGACUGACUGCAUUGUCUUCCUCUGUGGCCUGGUAAAACUUUACCCCCCCGAGAGGGAGGUGAUCAAAAAGCCUGCCACUGAGUUCAUGUCAGAGACAGAACCUGCCCACCCUUAUUAGGGAACUCAUUUGGAAAUGAGCAGAAGGUCUACAUCCUUUCUGUAUGGUCCUUUGUUGGAGUAUCAGUCUCUGCAGCACCCACUGGGCCCAGGUGUUUUGGUUCUGUUGGUCUCUUUGUGGAGCUCCUCUCCCCUCCAGGUCUUUCUGUCUCCCUCUUCUUCGAUAAGACUCCCUGCACUCUACCCAAAGUUCUUUUCAAAUCGUAUAAAUCUUUCACAUUAAUUCCACUGGUUUCAUUACAAAAUACUGUGUACAAGAGAAAUAUUUAAUAUUGUCUGUCAUCAUUCAGUUUAGGUCCUAUUAGUUUUGGCUUGAGGUGGUCUCCUUGUGCUCUUGUGAUGUGUAAUUAUGGCUUGUAGGCAGAGAUUGUGGUCUUUAAAAAGAUGGGGAGACAAACCACCAAAAGAGAAGAAAUUUCCUUCUACUCACCAAAGAAAUUUUAGGUGAGGACUUCAACAACGUAUGUCAUACAAGUGUCUUGAAAAGCAGACCGUAUCCCCAGAAAACGCCAAAAUUUUACUUAGUUAUUCUUAGAUUAUACUUAGAGUGAAGAUGGAAGUCUUUACUCUGCCAUCCUGGUUUAAUCUUGUCUUUUUCUGCACUUUUUGCAGUUAAUAUUUACUCAAACAAAUGAAUGGUGUGUGUGGUAUAAACAUCUCCCAGUCUUGGAAGACUGCAACUCAGCAUUUGUAAACUGACAGUCUAAUGGGCCUGGGAUUUGGAAUAACCUUAACACAUAAUACUGAACAUAUUUCUGCAUGUGGAUUGGAAAGGAAAUAAAUAGGGCCUUUGGAAUAAUGGAAAUGUUUCUCCUAUGAAGGAGUUUUUCAUAAAAGACUUUUUUCUACUCUAAUUUUUUGUUGUUUAGCUUUUCAGUUCUAUCACAUCUUUUCUGCUUCACACUCCUUUAGUGAUCAAAUAUAUCUAGCUCAGCUUCUCAUGCAUGGGCAUGUCUAUUUAUCACUAAACAGUAUCUCACUGAAUCUCAAAUGUGGGAAUCAUGAUAUCACCAUGUGCACACCUCUGACUAAAUACACUAUCAACUUGGAGCAUUGAACUUGCAAGGGGAGUUUAUAAAAUCUAAUUCAUGCCACCACUCUCCCCAGAAGUGGACAUCAAGUGAAUGUUGUUCUGUAAUAUCAACAGUAUAGCAAGUACUGUGUUCAACUGAUUCAGUACCAAGGCAAAAACUGGCAAUAAUGCCAGAAAAUCAGUCAGAUACAGUAGAAGUCACCAUACUCAGGAAGGAGACCUAGAUGUUAACAUGGGCAUUUUACCUAACUUGAUGUGUGACCUCAAGCAAAUCAUAUAACCUAUUUAUUCAUUUAUAAAAUAAGAGUAUUGAGUUAACUGCUCUUCAUGGUCUUUCCAAAAUCUCUGACAUUGUGUAGGGUAACAGUUUGCCUUGCAAGUUCAACCUACCAAAGUGAUGGCAAAUAUCACAAGCAUAAGCCUGGAUCUCUGAAGUUGCACUUAGAAUUAUGUACAAUGGAAAAACUCAAGUAAGUGAAAGUAACAGCACCAGGGAAUGUUGAUCAAACUCAUGGAAACCUUCCAACUUCACAAUUGUUUUGUUUUUAAAUGUCUUUUUUUCCACUUAAUAUUCCCAGUUUUCAUUUUCUAUACACCGUAUGUAAAGUCUGGUUUCCAUUAAGCUGUGGCUAGAAUUUGCUACUAGAACAGAAAUUCACUGUCACAUUUCAUAGAAUAAAACUGUACUUGGGCCUCUCUUUUCCUAUGAAGGAGUUAUGGGCUUUAGUGUAUUAAAGUAGAAAUGGCACAGAAUGGCAGAACCCAAGCAUUUUAAUGGAUAAGACCACAGAGUGGACCUAUGUACUUACAAGUUUCAAAAAAAGCAACGGAAAUACAAUUGCAUGCUUUUAGCUGACAAACCAUUGGGUCUCAAAGAAAACAAUUCUCAUGGAAAUUCCCAUGAAACAGCAAUUGGCUAGGUUUUUUGUUGUUUGUUUUUGGUUUUAGUUUUUUCUUUUUUUGUUGUUGUUUGUUUGUUUUAUUUUGUUUUGUUUUGUUUGAGCAAAGUUAGUUCGGUGGAUGGUCCCUACUGCCUGCCUACAGCAGAGUGCCAACCAGCCCUGAGUGUGAAAUUCAAGUUCAAUGUGCGUGCUUGUGUGUAGUGUGCUUUUUGGACCCGCAUAUACUAUAUUCAUUAGUGAUGGUAAGAUCUUUCACCAUUAAUGGGUUGCAUUUAAAAAUCUCAGUACAUCCAACAGUAGGACCCAGAUAACACAGAUACUGAUGUCUACUGGGAUUGAACUCAUAACAUACAGAUAAAAUAAAUUGAGGAGCAUCUUCAUUUUCACCAUUUAUCAGAGUUGUAUCUCAUUUGGCUGUGCAUUACUUUUGUCAAAAUGUGUUAUUUGUAAACCCAUGUGUAGUGAAAUUCUUCUGUAAUUUUGGAUUAAUGAUAUUUAUGGUCUUCUGUUUGUUUGAUUUUUAAGUAAGUUAUUUCUGUUGUAGAAUUGCUGAUGGUAUGACUCCAUCACUCUGCCCUCAGCAGCUGAUCUUUUUGAAGAUUUUUAUUUCUGAUAUUGUUAUUUUAAAUUGUGGUUGAAGCAAUAGAAAUUUGAAAUAUGGAUUGUGCAUGACUGUGUCUUGAGUGUAAAAAUAUUGCAGUUUGAAACUUGGACCUAAAGUAUUGCAAAUAAAAUGACAAACAUCAA